AUGGAUAGCUCAUCAGACUCUUUAGAUCAUAACAGUGGUGUAGGAAAGCAUCAUGCACAGUUUGAGAUUGGAGGUCUUCUGAUUGAGUUGUGUGUUUCAUUCUGGAAAUCAAGAUCUCUGUUUGUUGCUGCCAAGUUAGAUCUAGCUGUUCAUCUUUUAGACGGAAGCAAGUCAGUGGAGGUACUGGCAGAGUUGGUCGGAGCCAAUAAGGAGUCACUCUUCCGUCUGAUGAGAGCACUAUCCACCAUCGACAUCUUUGAACAAGUAUCUCCACGUGUGUUUGCCAACACGCCAAUUUCGCAUCACUUGGCAGUCAAUCGUGACAUCCACGCAGUGAUAGUUUCAGAGGGCAACGACAACAACUAUAGACUUUGGGAGUCAUUCUGUGAUACGGUAAAGAGUGGCAAGACAAACAGUGUGGAAAGAGUGUUUGGUGUGCCAACGAUGUGGAUGGCAAUGCAGGCCGAUCCAAAGUAUGAGGAGGACUUUAAAAAGUCAAUGACUGCCUUGACCAACUUCAAAGUACCUCACCUGGCUGGUCUCUAUGACUACUCAAAGUUUGAUACCGUUGUGGAUAUAGGUGGAUCAGAGGGAAUAUUAAUGGCAGAGUUACUAAGGAGAUAUCCCAACAUUAAGAAGGGCAUUAACUUUGACACCCCAACAGUCAUUUCCAACAACAAGAGAAGGGGACUUCGACACUCUGAUGAUGAACGCUAUCAUGACGUUGGUGGCGAUUUCUUUGAACAUGUCCCAGAAGCCGAUUGCUUCGUGUUGAAGCAGAUCCUUCACGAUUGGAAUGACCAAUGCUGUAGAGAUAUCCUCCAAUGUCUUUAUCGAUCACUUCGUCCCUACGGACAAAUAUGUAUUUAUGAUAGUAUCGUCGAGAGAGAAAGUCCAGUCUAUGGACAGGCCUGCUGGGUUGAUCUACAUAUGAUGCAGUUGAUUGAUGGCAAGGAACGUUCAGAAGCAGAAUGGAGGGAUUUAGCUGAAAGUGCUGGCUUUAAGGUGGACAAGCUGAUUGCUAAUGAGUUGGUAGUUCUAACCAAGAAGCACUCUCUGCAAUAG